UACGAGUCUAGACUUUGCGUGUUGCGGUACUGUUUUAGACUGAAAAUUGUAUUACCCUCAUUAUCGCGAAUUAAACUCUAUUUUAUCAACGUUAAGGUCCAUUUUCAAGUGUUGUUAAUAACUUUGGAGUGUAGAAAAUUCUCUUGCGUGGAAUUUUGAAUCUUAUUCGAAUGAGUGUAGAGUUGUUUUUUAGUUUUUCUGUGAAUAUUGAUUUGAUUUGCCUAAUGGACCAAAAUAACUGUUAAAUAGGCAAAAACGUCCUUAAAACGCUGUCGAUAAAACAAGUAAUAUAUCCCAGUGAUUGUUGGAAGUGUUUCGAAUAUAAUAUAUUUAUAAACACUGCAAUGUGCCAUAUGUGCGUGUCGUAAUAAUACGAUGUAUGCUAUCAAAAGUAUGGGCGAAUACGUCAGGGAUCUGUCGCCGUUUUCGCUGGACACAUGGUUCGGGCGGCCGAAGAAGGGCGGGGCCCAGAUCGAGCGGGGCUACGAUACGGUCCCCCGGGGGGCCGAGCCCCGCGCCGAGGACGACGAGCCCUCGGCCACCGCGGAGUACACCAGCAAGAUAGACGCGCUGGAUGACGCGCAGCUACAUCGACGGUUUGAGGAAAUGCUGGCGGACAUGAAUCUCAAUGAGGAAAAGAAGGAGCCGUUAAGGAAGUACCCUCGAGACCAGAAGAAGAAGAUGCUGGUCGCAUACAAAUUUGUUAAUACACAGGAAGGCCGCUCAAAAUUCGAAAAGCCAUCUGACUACGUAACAUACCUGAACCAACCGGAGCUCUCAGUGGGCAAGCUUCACGGCUGUCUCGAGAACCUGAGGAUAUCUCUCACGAACAACCCUCUAUCCUGGAUCGAGGACUUCGGGACCAAGGGCAUCGAGAGCCUACUCACGACGCUCAACCAGUGUUAUACGAAUGACUCCCGCUACGACCGUGUCCAGUACGAGUGCAUCAGAUGUCUGUCGGCGAUCCUGAACAACACGGUGGGCAUCCGGACCAUGUUCGAGUGUCGCGAGGCGCUGCCCGUGCUGGCCAGGAGUCUGGACGCCAGGAAACCGCACUGCGCGCUCGAGGCUGCUAAGGUGCUAGCCGCCAUCUGCCUGAUCCCCAACGGGCACGAGAAGGUUCUCGAAGCCAUCACGAUGGCGGGCGAGUCUAGCCGCAAGUUGCGUCUGCUGCCCAUCGUCGAGGGGCUCGACACCAAGACUCCUGAGAGCUUGAAGACUGGCUGCAUGCAACUGAUGAACGCUAUAAUCACGGAGCCCGAGGAAUUGGAGUUCAGGAUGCAUCUGAGGAGCGAGUUUAUGAGAACUGGACUCUAUGAUAUGAUCGAGGAGUUGCGCGCGGGCGCGGAGGGCGCGCGCCAGAUCCAGAUGACGGUGUUCGACACGCACGCCGCCGCCGACCAGGACGAGUUCCUCGCCAGGUUCGACGACGUCAGAGUGGAUUUCCACGACGUUAACGAAUGCUUCGAGCUGGUUAAGAACCUGGUAAUGGACACGCCGGCCGAGCCCUACCUUCUGUCCAUACUACAGCAUCUGCUGUUCAUCAGGGAUGAUGAUCUUAUCAGGCCGGCCUACUACAAACUAGUGGAGGAAUGUAUAACUCAGAUAGUCCUGCACAAGAACGGCUACGACCCGGACUUUAGAGCCACGCAGAGGUUCAAUAUCGACGUGCAGCCGCUUAUUGAUGGACUUAUAGAAAAAUCUCGCGCCGAAGAGGAAAAGAAGAUCGAGGAGCUCCGCGUGAAGCUGGAGGCGGCCAUCGCGGCGCGGCAGGAGGCGGAGGCCCGCGCCGCGCACCUGGAGGAGCGCCUGCGCGGCGCCGCGCCCGGCCCCGGCCUCACGCACGGGAACAUCGCCGCCAUCGCCAAGGCAAUCAGCAGUCCGGGUGGAUCGGUACCAGCGCCGCCGCCUUUACCGGGAGGCGCCGGACCACCGCCGCCACCGCCAAUGCCUUCACAAGGUGGGAACGCGCCGCCGCCGCCGCCCAUGCCUUCAGUUCCCGUGUAUAAUAAGAGAUGGCGCUGCCCGAGUGUUACCAAGAUCUAUAAAUCCGGCGGAGGCCCGCCGCCUCCUCCUCCCCCGCCCCUGCCCGGCGGUGGGGGCGGGCCUCCCCCGCCGCCCAUGCCGGGCGCGGGCGGGGCGCCGCCGCCGCCACCCAUGAUGGGGGGCCCGCGCCCGCCACCGCCUCCCGGGGGACCCAUGAUGCCCAGGAUGCCACAACCAGACGUGUUACCGCACGGCUUGAAACCUAAGAAAAAGUGGGAGGUUGAGGGUCCCUUGAAGCGAGCUAACUGGAAGACUAUCGUACCGCAGAAGAUGUCGGAGAAAGCAUUCUGGGUUAAGGUACAAGAAGACAAACUGGCUUCCCCGGACAUCCUGAGCGGUUUAGCGCAGAAGUUCUCCAGCAAACCCGUCGCCAAGAAGAACGAGGAUGCUGUUGAUAAGGUCCACACUCUAAAGAAGGUCAAAGACCUGAAGGUGCUAGACAGUAAGGUGGCUCAGAACCUGUCCAUCUUGCUGGGAGGCUCGCUCAAGCAUAUGUCGUAUGAACACAUAAGGACUUGUGUCCUCAGGUGUGAUACGACCGUGUUGACGGCCAACGUGCUCGAUCUGUUGAUACAGUACCUGCCCCCGGCGGACCAGCUGAAGAAGCUGUCGGAGCUGAAGGUGAACAGCGAGGAGCUGACGGAGGCGGAGCUGUUCGCGGCGACGGUGGCCGACAUCAAGCGCCUCACGCCGCGCCUGCGCAGCCUCGCCUUCAGGGAGCACUACGCCGAGGUCAUCUCCGAAGUCAAGCCGGACAUCGUAUCCGGUACGGCGGCAUGCGAAGAGGUCAAGUCAAGUGAAAAGUUCGCCAAAAUACUUGAACUCUUACUACUAUUAGGAAACUAUAUGAACUCCGGCUCUAAUAACGCUGGCGCGUACGGAUUUGAAAUCAGCUUCUUGACUAAGUUAACGGCGACGAAAGAUCUGGAGAACAAGCAAACCUUAUUACAUUACUUAGUUGAAACCAUAGAGAAUAAGUUCCCCGAUGUACUGACGUUCGCUGAAGAAAUGCCGCACAUAGACAGGGCCGCCCGCGUAUCCAUGGAGAACCUUCAGAAGGCUCUGAAGAAGAUGGAAAACGACAUCAAGUCGCUUGAGAUGGACCUCAACAACUCGCGCGUGCCGCAGUGUCCCGACGACCUGUUCAACGAGUCUAUGAGCUCGUUCGCGGUGGAAGCGCGCGAACAGUGCGACCUCCUCCACUCCAUGUUCCGGAAGAUGGAGGCUCUCUACACGGAACUAGCUGAGUACUACGUCUUCGACCCUCAGAAGUACACCCUAGAGGAGUUCUUCUCGGACCUCAAGACGUUUAAGGACUCUUUUGUAUCGGCCUACCAGGAGGUGUCGGCGGCCCGCGAGGCGCUGGCGCGGGCGGCGCGCGCGCGGUCCGCCCGCGCCGCCGCCGAGCGCGAGCGUCGCGACCGCACGCACCGCUACAAGCAGCUGCUCGACAUACACCAGGCGCAGGACGGCGUCAUGGACAGUUUGAUGGAAGCGUUACAAAGCGGUUCAGCGUUUAGCAGAGAACGGCCGAGGAAGAAAGCUAACCCAAGAGUAGCUGGAGCCGAGAGACGAGCGCAGUUGAGCAGAUCGCGGUCGCGGUCCGGGCUCACCGGCCCACUCACGUCGCGGGAGUUAACUAAUGAAUUGCUGGGCAACGCGUGAUCAAACUCUCACCAAGUGAUAUUAGGAAUUAUUAUGACUUAAAAUAAUAUGACAUGUUCACAGCAAGAUGAAUAAAUCUAUCGAAAUCAUUAUCACUAGGUUAAUACCGCGGUUUUGUCUACUUUAGAGGCGUUUUCAUGAUACAUACGCAUACAUAAAACAUUAAUUGAAAUAUGCCUAAUAAAAAGUUUCAAAAUAUUAAUCAUGGUUAUAAAUUUGUGCUAAAUUUUAUUAAUAUUCGUAUAUUUGUUUUUGCCUUACAUGGUAACAAUCUUACAAACGAAAGAAAUCGAGCUGGAUAUUGUAAAAUUCACAAUAUUCGAAAUUAAAUGUAUACCUUUUGCUGUGGAAAUGUCGUUUGUCUAAAUAUAUAGAAUUUAUAUUGCAAUAAAGUUUGUUUUGUUGUCUACACAAAAGAAACAGGUGUCUGGCGUGGAUGUCUGUGAUGUCGAUCGAAAAAGUUUCCUACAAAAUUCUAUCAAAUUCGGUUUAGCGGUUUAGUCGUUACUGAAUAACAGACAGACAACUUUCACAUUUAAAAUAUUGUAUGGAUGAUUAAAAUAUCUCAAUAUUUAGAUUAAAACUACAAUUUAAACUCAAUGCAAUAUAAAUUGUAUAUAGUAAUGAAUAGUUAUUAAUAACAAUAUGUAAUAGGAGACGUAAGAUACUUACGCUUAAAUUAUAAAUAAUUACGGAAUUAAUUAAGACAUCCUGUUACUUUAUUAACUUGGGUUUGUCAUAAAAAACAACUCGUAAAUGAAUCAUUUUGAAACUGUUUCUCUUGCAAUCCUUUUAAAGGGCUACAAAUUCUCGUUUUUGGUCUUCCUCUGCUAAGAAAAGCCCUCUACCAAAACUUUUCAUGAAAAUUUAUGUUGGAAACGUAGAUUUUGCAAUUGUAUACAAGACCGAAACUCAAUUUGUCUUUAUUAGCUGUGAAACUGUCCUUGCCAUGGUGAAGGAGGAAAUGGGCAUUUUGUAUACUUAGUGGAACUUACUUAGCCUUGCUCCUCCUAAUUGUCCCAUUGUGUGUAGUGGUUUUGGGUGACGGUCUGUCUAGCCAUCUCAAAUCUCUUCAAGAAAGCAAAAAAAAAAGCCACAAGGCAAGUUAAAAGUCACAUAAACAUUCGCAGGCUUCAUGCCCGUCUGUCUCACCUUGUUAAGUAUCUAUCAAUACGGCUGUUUAUGUUGAAAUCUCACUUUUUCCAUUGAAAUGUUAAGUUUGAAAAAUUACACAUAAUGCAUUUUUAGU